GUGUUCUCGCAACAACCAGAGCUGGCCCAAAAUAUCUUAGGCGGCAUUUUGGUCACAAUGACCUUUCAAAUUGUUCGUUGUGAUGAUGAGCCCAUCCCCCCUUCAGCAGGGGAUUCAACUGUAGCAACUGAAAACAAUCAAAGCAAUAAAACAAAUCCACCAGCAGGAAGUGGGACCGCAGCUGCUUCAAAUGUAACUACACUGAAUUGUAGCGCAAAUGCUGCAAGCGAAACCCAUCCAAAUUGUACCGUUUCCACUGCAAAUCCAUCAGCAGGAAAUGGGACCGAUAAUACUAAUGGUAGUAACACUAGCACGCCUACCGAGACUACUGCGACUGAGACUUGUGAGCCUAAGACUCCUAUAACAGGAAGGGAAGGACCAAGAGAGGGAGAAAGGCGUCGUGGAAGUGGAAGAGGUACACCAGGUAGAGGAUUGGGUGGUCUAAUUCACAGAGGUAGAGGAGGUCCACCAUCUCGAGGUUAAGAGAACCCGAGCUUUAAAGUAAUAUGCAACUAUUUAGCCUAGUUCUUGUUUCCUUUUUGUGCGAAUUAAACAUUUACACAUAUAUUAGAAAUACAUUAGAUAUGUAUGUAUGUAAAUACGGAAAAGUGUAAAAUUGUAUUUCUUUAUUUUUCCAAAUUUUU